CCGCUCAGAACGGUUCUAUAUUGUAUCUUCAAUCCCUACAUAAAGCCACCAGUUGACGUCGAUUCGGCCGCGAAGACACAGCAACUCAAUUGCCAUCAGGAAUUCUCCUCCAGACCUACACAUCCGGAUUAACGUUUUUAUUUAGAUUUUAAAAACUCCAUAUCAAAACCAAAACGAUGGAAUACCUGACACAGAAAUGGAAGAUGUGGUACAAGUCUCUGGACGUUAACCAUGACGGGAAGAUCUCCAUGGAAGACGUGGAAGAAUCCAGGAACAAAUUCACCGACCUCCACCAUCUCCUUGGAGACAAGGCCGAGUCGGUCAAAAACGACAUGAAGAAGUGGUGGACCACCUACAUCCUGACCACAGAGAACCAAGAGAUCUCCGAGGAACAGUUCCUGGCCUACCUUGGCGGACUUUACAACGCGGACAAAGCCGCCUUCCGGGACCGCAUGCAGCAAUGUUUCGAUAUGAUGUUUGACGUCAUUGAUACGAAUAAGGACAGAUCCAUCGAGCUGGACGAGUUUAUCUUUGCGUGGAAGGCAUUCGGACAUGAAAAUAAAGACCUUGUGACAAAGGCCUUCUCCUUGUUUGACGCCAAGGAUGGACUCGUACCACUUCGUGACAUCGUGUCCGCCUGGGUGCAAUUCGUCACCAGUGACGACAGCUCAAAACGUGACAUCGUUCUCGAAGCUUUUAAAACCGGAGUCUAAAUUCUCAAUGGAAGAAAAAAAAAACUUUUUAAAAAAAAAUUCUUAUAAAUAUAAAUUUUAAUUUAGAGAGAAAAAAUAUGUUUAUUUCCUAUUAUUCCCUGUUGAAAGGAAACUGUCGGACCAUGAUGUAGAAUAACGCAUGAGUUUAUGUUACUCUGAUGGAAACUAAUUUUAUUUCGUAAAUUUCUACUUUUAUUUUUUUUUGCCAAUCAACUCGCAGAGUACGUAAUUAUGACGUCAUGACACACGAUAGAGAGCGGUCGGCCGAUCUCCCGAGUCUUUGUUCUCCACUUUACCCUCACAUCUUAUUGGUUUUUCACCAGACUCUUUUAUUAUUAUUUAUAAAUAAAAUAUUUAUGUGUUUUCCUA